AAACCAAGAAAGAAAAGAAAAAAAAAAACAGAGAGUUUAAUCACCCAAAACCCUAAAAUGGAUACAAAACUUAUAGUUCUAUGCUUCUUGCUAACGUACUCCUUGUCCAUGGCGGCAGCUUCAUCGGAAGCUGAGCCUCCAACAACAAGGAAACUCGGAAGGCACGAUUGGCCAGGAGCGGAGGCAGAAGCACCAGAAGUUUCACAUUUGGAAGAGACUGUACGGCGAGGCCAUCACCAUUCCACGGUGGAAAGAUCGGUCGCCGGCGGUGGAGUUAUUCUCGGAGGCUUAGCGACUACGUUUCUUGUGGUGGUGUUUUGCUAUAUAAGGGCUACGAGGAAACACAAACCCAAUUAUGAUGAAAAAGAGACUGAGACGCCUAAGGUAAUGUUAGCAGUGAGGAAGGCUUGUUGGGGACCGGAGAGUGAAAGAGAAAAAGAAGUGAAAGAGGCUUAUGAGUGUUUGAAAUGUUUAGAAAAAGAGCUUGGAGAUAAACUUUUUUUCGGAGGAGAGACAAUUGGAUUUGUCGAUAUAGCGGCUGAUUUCGUAGGAUAUUGGUUAGGGAUCUUCCAAGAAGCUUCAGGCGUCACGAUCAUGACCGCCGAGGAGUUUCCAAAACUUCAACGUUGGUCGGAAGAUUUCGUGGGAAAUGACUUUAUUAAGGAAGUCUUGCCGCCUAAGGAGAAGCUCGUGGCUGUUUUGAAGGCCAUGUUUGGAAGUGUUACAUCUAAUUAAAACGUAAUAAGACCGUCGUAAUUUAUUGUUUGGUAAUAGAAGAAAGUUUUUAAU